GGAUGGAUUUUGUAAUCGAUGAGAUGGCGCUCGCCUGCCAGUACUGCCACAGAUACCUCGACUUCGUCGCUGACGACCUGGGUCUGCCGGAGGACCAGUCGUCCGAGUUCUACGCUCAGGUGCGAUUGAUAGAAGGCGCCUACGUGCAACUGGAAGACGCGUACUGCCUCAGGAGCGUCGAAGAAGCCAUGCGGAUAGCCGAGCCCAUAGAGGUGCAGGACGGGACGUACGUGAGCUCGAUGGUGGAGGACGCCAGCUUCCUCGUCCACAAGAGCUUGCGGCGCUCGGUGUCGACUCGAAGCGAGCAAGCGAUCAUGGCCGUGUGCAACAGGGUAACGGAGAUACUGGACCCGCACGCGCCGGAGCCAUCGUUCUUCGGAGGACUGGCGACCGAGGCGGACCACAGGGUCCCCGUGGGUGGGGGCGAGGGAGGGGGCGGCGACGGCGAGAAGGGGGGCGAUCAGCAGCCGGACGACUUUUCCACGGCUCUGGCGAAGGCGCUCGAAGAAGCCGCGGACGAGCAUUCGGGCCCAAGAGGGGAGGGGAGCGGGGACGGGCGCGCCGCCGGCAGCGGGGCGGGGGAGGAGUUCGGCGAGGUCGAGGGCGCGAUGGUCGGGAUCAAUAGCGUGCACGUGGCGCUCUCGUCGGUGUCUGCGAUUCAGGACGCGUUGAAUCGGUUCCUGGAAGCGAGCAACCCUCUGGUGGGUCUCAUGCUCGACGAGGUGGCGCGGAUACUCCGGUCCUACAAGGACCUGCGGGACUCCCGCCUCAACGACGUCCUGGAAGCACUCUCACCCCCCGUGUCGAGCGCCCUCGCCAACGCCUUCGGCUCCUCGUCGUACGCCCUCGGCCCCGCCCAGUACGAGCUACGUUCGGGCGACCUCCCCGGCGCCCGCCGCGUCCUCCACGCGGCAACGCGCGCGAUGACCGGCAGCGACAACAGCGGGGAGAGUGGUGGUGGUGGUGGUGGGGCGGGGGCGGACGCGGAUGGAGGUUGCCGCGCUGCGCUGCUGCAGGAACCGUUCGAGGAACUGGUGCGGCGCUUGGCGAGCCGGGUCGCUGCGGGCGUGGAGAUGGCGGCCAGGGCCAAGGGGCACGGUGGUGGUGGUGGUGGUGGCGCCGGGGGAGGGGGGGGGGGGUUCACCGAGUGGGGCGCCCUGUUGUUGAGGAAAGAGGUGCGAACGCUGCAGCAAGGCCUGGCGGCGCUGAUGGAGACGGACAGCCUAAACAUGGAGUUCGGUGACCUCAACGAGCUGGUACGGCUGCUGAACUUCGAGCGACCAGCGGACGCCCUCGACUACCGCCCGCCGCCAGCCCCUAGACGCCCCCGGGACGACGGCAGCGCGGGAGUAAACGGCGGCGGUGGCGGUAGGAUUGGCGACGGCGAAAACGCGUCCGUUUCUUCCGAGAGGGUGAAGGAGGUGCUACGACUAAGAGCUGACUUCCAGCGGGAGGCCAUCGACGCGUUAGAGUUGUGACAUGACGACGUGGCGCGACGCGCGAACGCUGAACUCAGGGGCCAUUGUCGUCAGCGCGUUGUUCGGUUGCUGAUGAGGGAUGUGGGUGGUGGUCGCGUUCCUGCUCGCUUGCAGAAAGAAGUUGUGAUUGAACCUUGUUCUGUUUUUCCAGGGAGGGCAGACAAAGUGAGCUGCAGUAGUGAAAGGUUUGGU